CAGCCACCCGCCGCAGUCAUCUGCAUCGGCAUGGCUGGCUCCGGCAAAACGACCUUCAUGCAGCGCAUCAACGCCCACCUCCACCAACGAUACCAGCAGUCCCCCUCCAUCACCGCCCCGCCAUACGUCCUCAAUCUCGACCCCGCGGUGCGUAGUGUACCCUUCGACAGCAACAUUGACAUUCGUGACAGCGUCAACUACAAGGAAGUCAUGAAGCAGUACAAUCUGGGCCCAAACGGCGGCAUAUUGACCAGCCUCAAUCUCUUCAGCACCAAGAUCGACCAGGUGAUGGGCAUACUCGAGAAACGGUGCUUGCCCACCCCGGAGACACAACAAAGCGGCAAGAUGUUGCCAAGCUACAUUCUAUGCGACACACCAGGGCAAAUCGAAGUCUUCGUCUGGUCAGCCUCCGGCAACAUCUUGCUCUCCUCACUAGCCUCCAGCUUCCCGACCGUAAUCGCGUACAUCAUCGACACACCUCGCACAACGGAAAACACGGCGACUUUCAUGAGCAACAUGCUCUACGCCAUCUCCAUCUUGUAUAAAACAAAGUUACCCAUGAUUCUCGUCUUCAAUAAGACGGACGUCAAGAGCGAGGAAGAAGCGGUAGAAUGGAUGCGUGAUUUCGAGGCUUUCCAGGACGCUUUGCGGAAGGAGGAGGAAGAAGAGAGGGAGGGCAGCGGGUACAUGGGUAGCUUGCUCAACAGCAUGAGUCUGGUGCUGGAGGAGUUCUACAACGCUUUGAGCGUCGUAGGCGUGAGCUCAGUAACCGGUGACGGUGUAGAUGCGUUUUUCGACGCGGUGGAAGAGAAGCGAGUGGAGUUCGAGCGGGACUAUAAACCCGAGCUGGAGCGGAGGAGAGCGGACGCGGAGAAGCAGAAGACCGAGAUUAGAGAAAAGGAGGUCAGUCGGAUGAUGAAGGAUAUGGCUGUCUCUUCCAAGGCAAAGGGGACGGGCAAGUAUGCUAGGCCGGUGAAGGAGGAGCCGGAGACGGUUAGUGAUGCUGAGGCUAUGGAUGACGAAGCAGAA